AUGGCGUCAACUUCCACCCCCAUUGACCCAACUAUCCCGGCACCAUUUCCCUUCCUGAAGUUACCGUCCGAGAUAAGAGUCAAAAUUUACAAGUACUUCGUAGUGGUUGGCAAGGUCUUCUAUUCGCCAAACAUACGCGAACGGUCUGGCUAUCUCCGAUUCUGGGGCUGUAAAAAAUACGCGACUCCGUCACUAUCAAUCUUCCUCGUUUGCAAGCUGAUACACAAAGAGGCCGAAUAUGAGUAUCUCACCAAGAACCUAUUCGUUCUACCCCAAACCUUUUCAUUCGCUCAGAAUGCUCGACAACCUCGCCCAUGCUUCUCGGCUCAGAGCAAAAACCUCAAGAAUCUCAGCAUCAGCUAUACUCAACGGCACGAUAUCCCUUUCAUGAUGGGUUCUAGUUCAUGGAACCAGCUCGACUCGAGUCGUAAUCCAGGUGUCCACAACAUGUACCAUAGAUUCAAGUCGUCGUUUCAUUUCAGCCGCAUGCUGGAAGCACAUCAUUAUUCGCAUGACAGCCUGGCAAGGGAAUGGCGGGGUGCGAGCCAAAGGUUGCUGUCAAUUCAAUGCCAACUUGAUAAGCUCGAGUUGGAUGUCAGCGAAGCCUUUUGUCCGAUAGUCUGCUGUCGCGUCUUCGACUUCGCCCCCGACUUCCUACGACAAUGGAAUCCGAAACGGAUCCGGGCUAUAGGUGUGCUUAGGGGUGAGGAGAAAAAGGCCCUGGCGCGGAUUAAAACAUACUUGGCGCCCCCGGGCAAGUUUUCCAGGCGACGCGAUAUCAAGUCCACAGUGAAGGAAGAAUAUAGCGAGAAUGAUCGGUUUUGGGACAUGAGCCUUGAUCCCCCCGCUUGGGCUGUGCUUGAAAGAAGCACGACCAUCACGGUGGAGCGCCACCCGAGAAGAUGGGAUGAUGUGUGGAAUACUGAGGAUCCCUUGGAGGAGCCUGAGGAGGAGGAUGCUUGGACAUGGUUUUUGAGACAGCAGGCAAACGGCCACUUAUAG